AUGGACUCAAUCUCCAGCAGCGCAAGAAGGCCUUGUUUCAUCGAGGAAGAUGAUGGGUUGGCCUCACUGGCAGACAUGGAAGCUGGGUUUUCUGGGAGCCACCCCCCAUUUUUUUCAAGGCCUAUGUGUUAUGCAAGGAGGAGCGGCAGCUUCAGAAACCUCUCUGGCAUGGCUUCGUUUUCUUCCUCUUCUUCCUUGUCCCCGAGAUCUGGGCGGUUCUGUGAUGCCAGAUUUGAAGAAGCCCACCAGCCCCAUUUCUUGGAAGCUUGUUUUCUCUGCAAGAAGCCACUUGGUGAUAACAGAGACAUCUUCAUGUACAGGUUAGCCACAUAA